AUUCAAGACUUUACUUCGGCUAAGCUGUCAAAUGUUUAUGACUGGACGCUGUGAGGGCUCCCACGCCCACGCCCACAGCUUAAAGUUAGCCAUUAACCUUUAUCGAGGUGUAUCUCCGGCAUUACGUAUGCGCCAAAAUAGUUGCGAAUUCGGCGCCCAGCUGAAAGAUUGCGUAAAUUUGCCUGACUGGCGGCCGACUGGCCACACGGGGCGUAUGUGUAACAUGCUCGCGACUAAUUUCGCGGCUGGCCAAAAACAAAAUCACAAAUUCCAAAAUAAACUAAAACACAAUUACAGCGCGUAAGCGUCUCAUUUAGAAAAUCAAUUUCAAGUUCAAAUUCCAAGUGGCAAGUUGCAAGUCGCAAUCCGCGAAUUGCAGGCCGAAUAUUACGUAUACGUCGUAUAGGCGCUGCUCGACCCGAGAGCUGACCUUCCGACAAUUACGCCUCCAAUUACGGAGACGCAUUUUUGUUAUACUUCGAUUCGUUUUUCUUUUUGGCAAUUGAAAUGCGCGUGCCACACAACAAAACAAAAGUGUUGGCAUGCGUGCAUCAUCAUUUGGCAGCUGGAUGCUCGCCCGGCAUGCCUUUAAUUGUAGAACUGGGGCAAGCGGCUCAUCCCUAAACAGGGUGUUUGGCCGGUGUCAAGUGCCCCAGCUGACAUUGACACUCAUACGCUUAUGUUCGACCUGAUCGUGAUCGUGAUCGUGAUUGUGAUUGUGAUUGUGAUCGUGAUAGCUUCCCCGUUUGCGUAUAAAUAUGCGGCGCAUGCGCUGCUGUUGGUCACACAACGAGACGAGUUCGACGGCUGCACGUUUCCCAGCACAAUUUAAAGCGGACUGCCUAGUGAGAGCUUGAGAGGAUUAUGAUGUGCCGUGCGCUGUUGAUGCUGUUGCUGGCGCUGGUGGGCGCCAGCCAUGCGGCGACACAUGUCAACAUUUCCAUAGCCCAACAGCCGGCCACAAAUCCGGCGGAUGUUAGCUUCAUUGAUGGACAUGCGCCAGCGGAACUAAAGGCAGGUCCCUAUCGGCCGGAGGAGGAGGAGCAGCAGGAGCAACGUUUUCAGCGGCUGCAGGAGCGACCGCAGCAGCAGCAGCAGAUGCAGAUGCAGGGACAGCAGCAACAGUCGAUGCAAUCCCAACAACAGCAACAGAUGCAGCAAUCCCAGCAACAAUCGCAGCAGACACCACGACAGGGAUUGGGCCUGCAGCCAGCACAGGCGGCUCCUGUUUCUGCCAAUGGUCGCAUGGCACGUCGUCGCAUGCACGGACGUCGCCCCUCGAUGCAUCAGCAGCCGCCGCACAGCGGCCAGUUCCGUCAGCGCAACCAGCAGCUGCGUCAGAAUCAGGAAUUCGAGCGUUACAUUCAAUCGUAUCACAGCCAUGGACCGUCCGUGGAGACCGUCUUCGAAUCCUCCAGUCCCUCGCCCCAGCGCUACACCCAGUCCAGCAGCAGCAGCAGCAGCAGCAGCAGCAGCUCCAGCUCUAGUUCCUUAGCUGCCGACGACGACGCUGUGUCCAUUGGCGGCACCAAGUCGCAGCAACUGCGCAUGUUCGAGCGCCAGGUAGCCGCUCCAGGUGCGUCGCAGGGCCAGAGCGCCAAUGUGGAGCAGGCGCAGGACAGCAAACCCAUCUACGAGCCGCCACAGCCGGCGCCCGUACAAGCUGCAGCCCUUGCGCCCGCAGCCAGCGCCAGUGUCAGCUCUAGCUCCAGCUCGGCUCCUGCAACGGUGCCCGCAUCAAUCCCCAACGAUGGCAAGCAGGGUUUUGAUUCCUCAUACGAGCCCGGCUACGAUGCCGGCAGCAGCUACAACCGACCCAGCUACGACCAGAGCGGCUACAGCGGCUAUGAGGAUGUGCAGGAUGACUACCAGGAUCAGUAUCCGCCAGCUGUGGACGCCAGCUACGAUGACUACGCAGAGCAGGCUGGCUACUUACCGCCACAGCGUGGCUAUGCGGCACCGCCACGCCCACUCGUCACGAAGACCAUACAGAUUGUGCAGCCGGCGCUCAAGGCUAAGAAAUACGAGGUGCGUCAUCCGGCCAUACAGAAGGAGUUCUACGACAUAGAAGAGCGCGUCGUUAUCAAGCCGGCGGGCACACUUGUCGUGGAGCUGGAUCAUCCGGUGGCCAAGAUACCCAAAGGUGAGACACUGCUGCCACUGGGUCAUCCGCAUCCCGCCGUGGCCUCCGCCUACGACAAUCACAAUGGACAGGUGCAGACGCACAGCUACAACAAUGGCAACGAGUACAGGUCGCCGGCGCCAGCCAAGGAGCAGGCUCAGGUGACCACAAUUGGCUCCAGUGUGACCACCAUGCCCGCCUACGAUCAGGCGCCCAAGGAUGAGUAUGUGGAGGCGCAGCUGCAGCAGCAGCCGCAAGGCAGCGAUGCUACCGAUGGCAACCGCCAGUCCAGCUCCAGUUCCAGCUCCACCUCCGGCUCCAAUCCCAGCUCCAGCUCCAGUGUGAUUGCUACCGAUGGCAACGGCAAUCAGUUUCAGAUCAACAAGAAGCAUCUGACACCCAAGAUGCUUACACGCCUAGAGCCCGAGCAGCCGGACUACGACUACGUCCGCAGCGAGCCCAGCUAUCCGCCCCAGCGCAGCUAUCAGCGCACGAAUAGCUACAAUCGCCAGCCUUAUCAGAGUGCCAGCAAUGAGGAUUACUUUAGCGGCGAGUUUCUGCCCAAUGCCAAUGCUGGCAAUGUCGAGACGCAGCCGGCGCGUCUCGAGGAGGCGCCGCGCCCGCAGAUAAUCAAACACGAGCACAAGAUUCAUUUGCCGCCAUCGCAGCAUAAUAUUUAUUUGGGUCGCAGUCGCCAGCCGCCGCCCAAGGAACGUCGCAUCACGGAGCUGCCGGUGUCCAGCCAGGGUCAGGAGCUGCCCGCCCAUGUGGCCGAGCUGAAGCCCUAUUUGCGCAGCCAUUCGGGUCCCACGGUGGUCUAUGCCAAGUCGGCGGUGCGAACCGCCGCUCCACGCACCUACUAUCCGCAGGCAGCCCGCCAGCGUAGUCCGCUGGCUGAGGAGCUGGAGUAUAGUGCUCCGUAUUCGCGCAUGCGUUACGAUCCGGAGCAGGAAUCUGGUCGUCUGAUGGAGGCGCCCAAGCAGCAGCAGUCCAAGGAAGCAGCCAAGGCACAAAUUCACUUGCAAAUACCGCAUCACGAUGAUCGGGAUCAGUCCAUUGUGGCCACGGCAACGAUAACCCCACUGAAGCCCGACUGCGAUCAGACGCGCGAGGAGCAAGCGGAGAUGCAGCGGGAGAAAUCUGCCCGCUUGCGCCAGCCUCAGCAACAGUUUCAGCGGCUGGUUGAGGCGCCCGCCGCCGUUGUUCCCACCACACAGGCCACACCCACGCCUGCCCAGCCCCAGCUGGAUGUGGACGUGUCGCUCAAUGGCGCCGCCGGCCAUCUCAAUCGUCACCUGCAGCCCAACGAGCGCGUCAUCUCGGCCACAGCCGCACCCACCGAUGCCGCUGCGACCAGCGAGACCUUCCACAAGCGCCGCAUCGUGGUCAACCAUCCGUUCCAGACGGUGCGUGAGGUGGUCGAGCACGAGCCCAUCACCAACUACCAUCAGAUCCAGGUGAAUGAGCCCGCCUCACCAGCUCUGUACCAUCAGGCCGCCUACUAUCAGCAGCCGCAGCUGCAGACGCACGGAAAUCUGGUGCAAUAUCAGACCACGUCGACGCAUGGUCGUCUUUAUGGUUAGACCGGGAUCUAAACGGAACGACACGGACUUGACUCGGAUUUGUAUAGUCGACUACUCGCUUGUUUUUAUUGUAUUUAGGAGACACGAAGAAUACCCAAAACCGGUGGAAGGGCCCUUUCCAUACAAUAUUGAUCUUAUCCAUAUGCAUAUUAUAUCCUUAAAUCCUA